AUGGAACAGCCGCGAGAGGCGCAGCCCGUGGGCGACGUGCCAGAGGACGCGAACCAGCACUGCCCAGGAACGGGAGCGGAGGAGGCAGGAAAGGCGGCGGCGUGUGCGGGGUGUCCCAACCAGCAGAUCUGCGCCACGGCGCCCAAGGGGCCGGACCCAGACCUGGCGGCCAUAGCGCAGCGGCUGCAGGCAGUGAAGCACAUCGUGCUGGUGCUGUCGGGGAAGGGCGGCGUGGGCAAGAGCACGUUUGCGGCGCAGCUGGCAUGGCACCUGGCGCACCAGGACAAGCAGGUGGGUCUACUAGACAUUGACAUCUGUGGCCCCAGCAUCCCGCGGCUGAUGGGGGUGGAGGGGGAGGAGAUCCAUCAGAGCGCCAGUGGGUGGUCGCCCGUGUAUGUGGACGACCGCCUGGGCGUCAUGUCCAUCGCCUUCAUGCUGCCCCACCCCGAUGACGCCGUUGUGUGGCGCGGGCCCCGCAAGAACAGCCUCAUCAAACAGUUCCUAAAGGACGUGGAUUGGGGCGAGCUGGACUACCUCGUCGUUGACUCGCCGCCCGGCACGUCAGAUGAGCACAUCUCAGCCGUCCAAUUUCUCAAGGCGGCUCACGUGGACGGAGCGAUCGUGCUCACCACCCCCCAGGAGGUGUCGCUGAUGGAUGUGCGCAAGGAGCUGAGCUUCUGUCGCAAGGUCGGCCUCAACGUGCUGGGCGUUGUUGAGAACAUGGCGCACCUGCAGGUGCCUCUCUCUGCUGUGCGCUUCUCCCACCACCCCACUCACUCCGCUGCCACCACUGCAAAUGCCACAUCAGCUGCCACGUCAGCUGCCAGCAUGGCGACAGAAGGAGCCUCUGACACGCAUGCAAGCAGUGCCAGCAGCACGGGCAGUCCAGCGAGGGACAGGGAAGGCGAGGACGUGACGGCACGAGUGAUGGAAGCCCUGCAAGCGGUAUUCUUAUGCAUGCAAUUUCCCCUCCCUCCCUCCCGCCAGCUCUUCCCCGGCACACUGCGAGUGCAGGCAGACAUGUUCCACGUGGGCAGCACGGGGGGAGGCGAGGCCAUGGCAGCAGCCAUGGGAGUGCCCUUCCUGGGCCGCGUGCCCUUCGACCCCUCACUAGGCCGGGCUGCAGAGGAGGGGCGCUCCGCUGCUCCUGACCAUGGCGAUGACGCCGCUGCAGCUGCUGGUGGUAUCGGUGUUGCUGCUGCUGCUGCUGGUGUUGGCAGGGAUGGUGGAGCAGCAAAUGGGGAGGAGCGGAAGGUGGAGGGGUUGUCACCGGGUGCGGCUGCACUGGGGCGGAUAUUCGAGAAGAUUGUGGCCACCGUUGAGAGCAGCUCCUGCACAUGA